CUUGUCACAUUUCUUUAGCUGUCCGUCCAGUGUGUGUGCUAGAAUACUCCAGUGUCUCAGACCAAGCCAUAACCUAUUCCAGCCAAUCAACACAUUGCUUUAGGAGCACAGAAGGGAUGGAUGUAAUGUGGUUGGCUGUUGGUCUCUAAUAACAACGACCAUUCGCCAGAAUCUGCAAUUUCAAGUAAUAGCAGUUGGUGCUUAUCCAGAAAGUCCCAGUAGUCCAGUCUUUUUUAAAGAUCACUAUCUCAUUUGAUACAUUGUGAUGUUUUGUUUUCUUUGGUGAUGUCCAAUUUCUCCUCAUAGUAAUUAGUUCAGUAAGACUUGUGCAAAUAUAUUUCUUUAAUACCCUUAUAUGACUUUAAGCUAUGUGUUAUACUGUUAUUACUGAUAUACUAUACUGAUAUUUAAUUGCUGAUACUUCAAGUCCUGCAGUGCAUUUUAGAGGCAUGUUGUUGUACUUUGAGGGUAAAUGAAUAGUUUACUUAAUUUAGUUAACAAUUCCCUAUGAUGACUAUGUUGAGUCACCUGAGAACUAGUUUGGUUGUGAAAACUAUGACUAUCACAUUUAGAAUGAGGGAAAAAGACUGUGUAAAUGGUGAAGAGUGGGGGAUUACACCCAUCCUACCACAAAACCACUGCUGUAUAUUUAACAGACAGCAGUUAGAAUCACCACACCAAUUUCAGAACCACCUUUAGAAUCAUUGGAUUUGUUUACAAAUCUGAAACUCAGUUCACUCAGACAGUGAUACUUAAUUCACAGGUGUGUCCAGACAUAACUUCUGUACUGAAGACAACUUUCCCUGACGGCUAUCAGCAUUAGUUUGGACAAAAGCUGAACACUUUGACAACGUGUCCACCAUGGCAUGUCCCCUGACACCUCUUAUGUCUGCUCUGGAAGAUUUGAAGUCGCAAGAGCUGAAGAAGUUCAGAAUGUACCUGAGUGAGGGGGUGAUGGAGGGCUUCGCUCGCAUGCCGAGAGGGAAGCUGCAGGAAGACAGUGAUGCCACAGACAUUGCCGAUCUGAUGACUAAGAUGUAUGGAGGUGAAGACUCGCUGAAGAUCACGCUUCAUAUUCUGAGAGUAAUCAAACAAAACGAUGUUGCUGCAAGACUACAGGGAGAGAUGGAGAGGACACAGAUAAAUGCACAGGGUCCACUGAGCAGUCAGCUGGAUGUCUCUCCAAGUGAUAAACGAAAUGAAUAUGAUGAUCUACAAAAAGUAAAAACAGCCAUCCAAACAGACCUGAGGAGUAAAUUUGGAAAUAUAUCAGAAUGUGUUUCCACCCAAGGCCAGGCAAAGUAUUUGAAUGAGAUCUUUGUAGAUCUGUACAUUACAGAGGGUGGAUCAGGAGAUAUAAACGACCAACAUGAGGUGAGACAGAUUGAGGCGACACGCAAAAGAGACAGAGACACUCCUAUCAGAUGUGCUGACUUAUUUAGGUGUCUUCCUGAACAAAAAAGACAAAUCACAUCUGUCCUAACCAAGGGGAUUGCAGGGAUUGGAAAGACUAUCUCUGUUCAAAAAUUUAUUCUGGACUGGGCAGAACAAAAAGCAAAUGAAGAUAUUGCAAUAGUUGUUCCACUUCCUUUCCGAGACCUAAAUCUGAAGAAGGAACACUACAGCCUGAUGGACCUUCUGUAUAUCUACGCACCACAGCUAAAAGAGAUGAAAAACCUAGAAAGCGUACAUAACAAAGUGCUGCUGAUUAUGGAUGGACUUGAUGAAUGUCGACAUAUUUUAGAUUUCCAAAACAGUCCAUGGUGGUCUGAUGUCUCAAAGCCAACCUCAGUUGGUGUGUUGUUGACAAACCUGAUAAAAGGGAAUCUGCUACCCUCAGCUAUGAAAUGGAUAACCUCUCGACCCGCAGCAGCCAGUCAGAUUCCUUCAGAAUACAUUCACAGGGUGACAGAGGUUCGGGGAUUCAGUGACGAUCAGAAGGAAGAGUACUUCAGGAAGAAAAUCAGCAAUGAAAGCAUGGCCAACAAAAUAAUCACACACAUGAAGACUUCAACCACCCUUUACAUCAUGUGCCACAUUCCAAUCUUCUGCUUGAUAUCUGCCCUUGUGUUUGACAGCAUGUUUAGUGAUGCCAAACCUGGUGAACUACCCCAGACUCUCACUGAAAUGUACAUACAUUUCCUGAUUAUUCAGACAUGCAUGAAGAACAGAAAAUACCAUGGAAAUGCUCCUAACCUCAAAGACCCAUUGUCUAAUUCAGACAAAGGAAUGGUUCUGAAACUUGGUGAACUGGCUUACAAACAGCUGAAUAAAGGCCAUCUGAUAUUUUAUGAAGAAGACCUACAGGGCUGUGGCAUUGAUGUCAAAAAAGCUUCAGAGUAUUCUUCACUUUGCACAGAGAUCUUCAGAGAAGAGAAGGGACUGUACCAGGAGAGAGUCUUUUGCUUUGUUCAUCUGAGCAUCCAGGAGUUUCUGGCUGCAGUGUAUGUACAUGUGUCCUGUGUGCAAAAGAAUGUGAAUGUUCUCUCAUUACACAGUGAUAGAAUGGAUAAAGAUACCGUGAGCCUGUCAGAUGUCCACAAGAAGGCUGUGGAAAUAGCCUUGCUGAGUCCAAAUGGUCACCUGGACCUCUUUCUGCGCUUCCUACUUGGUCUCUCCCGUGAAGACAAGCAGACCUUUCUUCCAGAAGCAACAACAAAACGUUCAGGACUGAGAAGAUUAAUGAAUGCAUUUCUGAAACCAAACCCCUCCCACAAAAUAGACACUGACCUAACCCUGUGUGUUAAUGAAACCAUUCAAUGCAUUAGGAAGGAAAUCAGAAGGGUUCAAGCACCAGAGAGGACCAUUAAUCUGUUCCAUUGUCUGAGUGAACUUAAGGAUGACUCUCUAGUGAAAGGAAUCUUAAACGAAGUCUCAUCUGGAACCCUCUCACACACUAACAUGGAACCAGAUAAGUGUUCAGCACUUACCUAUGCGGUGUUGAUGUCAGGAAAUGUGCUGGAGGUGUUUGAUCUGAAUAAGUUCAGAACAUCAGCAGCUGGUCAAGAGAGAUUAUUAUGUAUGUUGAAGGCCUGCAAGCAUGGCAGGUAAAUCAUCCUUACAUUAUAUAACACAUCAAUGCACAGAAUCAAUAGCAUGAAUUGAAUUAAUUGCAGUGCGUAUAAAAUUGUAUUGCAGUGUUUCUACACAAGAUAUAAUCACAGUGGAUUUGACAUAUCUUUUUUGAAAUUAAUUAACAGACCCUCAUCCAAAAUGAUAUAGGGUGCCUAUGAAUUCAAAUUAA